AUGGACAGAAGGACUGGAACUGCAGCCAUCUAUCAACAGGAGGUAACUGUUCGGCAAAACACAGUCAGUUUAUUGGAAGGACCAUAAAGUAACUUGGAAAAUUGUCGAAAAGAUGAAGAUUUUGAGGAAUUAAAGAAAACUUAGGGAAAUUGUGGGAAACCAUCUACAGCAAGCGUCCCGGGCUGGAGAACAAUUUCUCUUCUUGCAAACCAUCCUCGAAAUUCAUCCAACAAAUUCUGAAUACUAUGGAGCUACCUGGUGUGGCCAGGCAAGGAGAGCCAUGCUAAGUGGACUUAAAAACGAGGAUAAAACGAGGAUGAGUGAAAGGCCUUGUGAGUGCAUGGCUAAGGCAUGAGGAAGCAAAUCACCAAAAAAAACAGAAACCUGCUGCUUUUAAUGUAAACACGCAGCACCAUGCCGACCUUGCUGCCAACCUGGUACAAGAGGACCCAAACCACAGCAGGACACACACCCCUGCUCUUACUCUUCUUUGUUAUCUUAAACCACCAGAUUCACAUGCAGGUAACAGGCUCAGUGCUUGAGAGUCUGAUAGCUAAACGGACUGAAUACUGGGAGAGCUGCAAUACAACACUGGCAACGAGCACACUCUCAGACACUGGAAUCUACUGUAAAGGAAUGUUUGACAUGUUUGUGUGUUGGCCCCAUUCAUCUCCUGGGAAUGUGUCAGUCCCCUGUCCUUCUUACUUACCAUGGAUCAGCAAGGAGGUCUCCAGGAGGGCACACCGUGAAUGCUUGGAAAAUGGAAGGUGGCGACAGAGGGAGAAUUCUACUGAGCCCUGGAGGGAUGACUCAGAAUGUAAAGAGGACCAUUACUUCAAAGACAAGGAGAAGGAAUUGCUUCGCCAGACAGCCCUCAGAGUCAUCUCUGUCAUUGGCUAUUCCCUGUCCCUGUUCUCUCUCACACUGGCUACUCUUCUGAUGGGCAUGUUAAGGAAGCUCCACUGUACCAGGAACUACAUUCACAUGAAUCUAUUUGUGUCAUUCAUCCUGAGAGCCAUGGCUGUCAUCUCGAAGGAAAUCAUAUUAUACAUCAUGUACUCUAAGCUACCCAAAGAUGACCCAGGAUGGAACUCCUACUCAAGCUCUCCGAUAGCGUUGUUGUGUAAACUCUCCAAAGUGUGCAUGGAAUACUUUGUGGCUUGUAACUACUUCUGGCUCUUGGUGGAGGCCAUUUUCCUCCACAUGCUGCUCUUCACAGCUGUGCUAACCAAGAGAUGUUUGCUGAAGAAAUACAUGCUUCUAGGAUGGGGAACACCUAUUUUGUUUGUAACACCAUGGACAGUGGUCAAGAUUUUAUAUGAAAACACAGAAUGCUGGUCAAUUGUGAACAGAUGGUUUUGGUGGAUAAUAAGAGGCCCGAUCACUUUUUCAGUGCUGGUCAUUUUCUUCUUAUUCGUCAAGAUUCUCAUGCUGCUGCUGUCAAAGCUGAAAGCAGAUCAGGUGAAAUUUACAGACUACAGAUACAGCUUGGCCAGAGCAACACUGGUACUGAUUCCUUUGCUGGGAAUCCAUGAAGUGGUUUUCAUUGUGCUGAUAGAUGAAUGUGUGGAGGGCAGCAGUCGCUAUGCCAGGAACUUCAUCAACCUCACCCUCAGCUCAUUUCAGGGAUUCUUGGUUGCUGUGCUGUACUGUUUUGCUAAUGGAGAGGUCCAAGCUGAACUGAAGAAGCGCUGGCAGCUCUUCCUGUUCACCAACCAUUUUCAGAUCAGGAGCUGUUUUCGGAGUGUCCCCCUCAAGCACCUGUGGAAGUUCACUGGAGGGCGCCACCCACAAUGCUCCCAGCAGAGUGACUGCUACGAUGAGGAUGGCACCUCUGCAUCACACCCGCACCUGUUUCAGGUGGCUGUACAUGGAAUAGAUGAGGGGCUUGGAAUAGGAGAGGUUAAAGGUCAGAGGUUGAAGGUCUGUGGCACAACAGAGCUUGACUUUCUCACCAGGAAAAGCUUGUCCAUUAGUGAUGGAGAGAUGACACUUGGGGAGACAAUGGAGGAGAUUCUGGAGGAGAGUGAGUUCUAAACAAGCUCAUUAGCUUGGUCACCAGUGGGAUAAUGUCACAUUGGCAAUAUUGUUACUUAUUCAACCCUCUGAGACCCACCAUAGAACCAUUUUUAAGGGGAGAAAGCAGGUCAUAGCAAGUCAAAGUUUUUCUAGUCAUAAAUUUGUAAUAAACAUUGUGUUUUGGUUAAGCACCCAUUCAAACAUACAAAAUUUUAUAGCGUAGAAGGCCUUAGAACAUUAUGAUCAAGUAUAUGAUGGCCAUUCUCACGUUCAGUUGUGUCUUAUAAGUUGUUGCAGCAAUUUUUGGGUUGAUACCAUUUGUCACACAGAUAUUAUGCCAAAUUCAGCCAUGACCAAAAAGUCCCACCAAAAAACACAUGAAGACACCAAGGCCUUGAACACCAUGUGGGAGCAAAUGUUUUUGACAUUUGGAUAUUUUGGCAUUUGGAUGUUGAACACCUCUGGAUAUUGCUAAGAAACUCUCUUAUUGUCAAUAUACCUAGGAUAGCCAUACCUCUUUUGAAUGUGCUAGGUCUCUUAUCUGUGACUGUAAAAUUUUACAAGGCUGUGAUUAUCCUAGGGGUCACAAUAGGUUAGUUAAUACAGUAAGGUCAAGUAGGUCAAGGUCAAGCAAGUUCCAAAAAAUUGUCUCACUCCAGUUAAUCGCUAUGUACAGAUAUCUGCAUAUAUAUGCAAAAUCUGUUGGUGACAGGAUGUGUAUGAUAGUUUUUAAAAGAUUAGCGCAAAUAAACUCCUACGCAAGAAAAUUCAGUGAUUACAGUAAUUUAAGUAGAAUAUAUUUAUUUUGCUGUGAAAAUUGAAUACUGGUGUCACCAGGAGUAUACUGGUUGUCCCUUUGCAAAUAUGGAAGUUGCCAUGUGUGGACUUACGUGUGCACUGUACUUAAAGGAAUAGUUUGAAUUGUUUGAAGUGAGGAUGCAUGAGGUUCUUAUCCACAGUCAAUUACAGUAGAAGGGCAUGCCCCCAGUUUGGAAAAGCAGACAGCAAGAAGCUAAUAAUGUACUGCUGUGUAUCGGGGACAGCAGCAAAAUGUAUUUUAGUCACCUAAAAAACAGCGUACCUGGGCUAAAAUUGGAAUAUUUUCACAUUUUCUGGAGCUGUUAAAUCCAUCUUUGCUCCCUUCAAAGCCAUAAGUAUAUUUUGAAGAAAACAGUUAUUAUAUCUAAAGUUCAGUUCAGACCAUUGAUUUGCAAUGAGACAAAACCGUUUUAGAAUGUUUCACAGAAAAUUUGUAGCAGUGUAAACUUUGUGGUCUGAGCUUGACUCAAGCCAGGUGAUGGUGUCACCUGCAACUUAGCUGGUGAAAUCACC